AUGCGACCCCAUGAAACUGGGAGCCCCAACGCUCAACGGCAGCUCGUGCACAGGCCUGUCUGCGACGCUACUGCCCCCACACGGAGUGCCUCCAGAUCCGCUUGCGUUGGAAUCUCUACAGAUGCGGAGGACUGCAAGACUAACAGCAGAUCGUGCAAAGGCGAAGGCAGCAGCAGCGGGUUGGCUCUUCGCGAUGCCGACUUUCUGCGGCGGGUUUCGAAGUGGCUGUUGCUGCAGUCCGUUCUAGGGAUCAACACGCAUCCUACUACCGAGCAGCUCUUGCAGCAGCAGCACCAGCUGGGGCAGGAACGGCGAAACUUGCGUUUGAGCUCUAUAGAGGACUUGCAGCGAAGAUAUGCGAGCUUGUCUCCUUGUUCAGCGGCGACGGCAGUCGACGCAGCCGGCCCCCAGGCGCAACCGCACGAAGCUGCAUGCGGCAGAAUUACCAGCAUACGAAAUGGAGGCGCGUUCUUCGACAUAUCGCCUCUAAACGACCCCAACGGAGCUGUUAAGCUCCAGAUGGCGAUGGCAUGGAAUGCAUGCAGCCUUGUCGAGGGGGAUCUUGGAGCGUUUCGAGCAGCCGGCGCUUGCGAGGGAGGGACCUCCAGGUGCUCAGUGCAGCACCUGCUGCCGCUGCUUGAUCUAGGUGAUGUGGUGCUCGUCAGAGGCAUUAUGAGAAAGACUUUGCGCGGCGAGCUGACGGUGGAUUUAUCGCAUGGCUUCCAGAGAGGGUCGCAUGCACCGCUGCAGCCUCUCGUGCUGCUGGCGAAGCAGCUGCUCCCGCCGGAAGCAGUGGGGUUUCUGCAGCAGUCUCCCGCCAGCGCUGCUAUUGCUACAGCCCGCUUGCUGUUACUGCAACAUAUAGCAGACGUAGGACCAGCGUCUGUUUGCGCUGCUGCCCUCCAGGAGAAAGAUCGGCUGCAGCAGCAGCAGCCUCAGGAGAGCAGCCGCAACCCUUGGCUACCGCAACUGCUGCUGGUGCAGCGGUAUUUGGGUCGGCUGCAGCAGCAGCUGCAACGCUCACGCGAGCAGCAGCAGCAGGAGCAGCAACAGCAGGAGCAGGAGCAUCAGCAGCAGGAGCAGCAUCAGCAGGAGCAGCAGCAGCAGGAGCAAAAGGAGCAGCAACAGCAGGAGCCUCAAAUGCCACAGCCUGCCUGGGAUGGCGAUAACGAAGCAGAAGAUCAGCACCAGCUGCACGAGAGCAGCAGUGGAAUUCGCAAUGUGUCCCUUUUACUGCAAAAUCCUGAAAGACGGCGACUGCUUCGGGGUCGCAGCGCCAUAAUUAAGGCCGUGAGAUCUUUGCUUGAUGGCGAAGGGUUCCUCUCCGUCGAUACUCCCUGUCUCCUACGCAUGCAGCAGCAGCAGCAGCGCCAGCAGCAGCAGCCACCGCAGCAGCGGCACCGGCGGCAGCAGCAGCAUCUCUCUGCUGCUGCUGCUCCUCCUCCUAGCAGCGAAACAGUCCGCCUUUUCGCCUCUCAGCUGAACGCGACGAAGGCAGGUGUUGUGCUGCGUCAAGCCCCCGAACUGAACCUCAAGAAACUGGUGAUUGCUGGCGUCUCUGAUAAGCUGUACGAGAUCGGCCGCUGCUUUCGGAACGAAGGCAUUUCUUGGCGGCAUCACUUCGAAUUUACGUCUCUUGAGGUUUACGCCGUCCUUCACACUGCCGCAGACAUGCGCCGCCUUACCCAGAUGCUGCUUGCUGCUGCUGCUGCUGCUGCUUCUGCAUUGGGGUUCGCGUCUGCAGGAUUAGCAGCCGCAGCAGACAAGGCGCCAUCAGCUGGAACUACACCUGGGGGCAUGCUGCCUCGGGAGCUUGAGGGUAGGGGUAUUUUCAAGUCGGUGAACUGGGCGACCCCCUUUCAGGAGAUUGCCUACUUUGACGCAAUCAAGACUUAUACCGGGAUCGAGUUGCAGAAUCUGCGUCACGAAGAGGCCCUGCGGCAGGCGGAAGAAUUACUGAGGCAGCAACAGCAACACCAGGAGCCGCUGCCUUCUCGCUGCGUUCUGAGCAAGGAACAUCUAUCUGCAUUUCUGUUCAAGCGUUUUGUAGAACCCCGUUUGCUUCAGCCAACCCACGUGCUGCACCCCCCCCUCCUCCUGUCACCGCUGGCAGCCCCAGCAGCACCUCCUCCAGCAGCAGCAGGAAGCGCCUCAGCAUGGCCAGUACCGCUCGCUGAAAGGUUUGAAACAUAUGUAGGGGGCAUGGAAAUUGCGGACGGCUACGCCGAGCUGGCGUGUCCAUCUGAGCAGCGGAGGAGACUCGCAGCUCAGACCGCCAAGCUCCAGUCGCUAGACACAGAGACAGCCGCAGCGAACGCAGAGGAUUUUGUGGACUGUCUGGCACUAGGGCUCCCCCCGACUGCAGGCUUGGGGGUUGGCAUAGACCGCCUAGUGCAGCUGUUAAUGGGGGUUGCCUCUAUCCGCGAUGUGAUGUUUCUGCCUACUGCGGCCUAG